AUGAAAUUGCUGUUGUUGCUGCAGAUAUUCACAUCAUGGUCACACAUAAUGAUGAACCUGCACAAGUAUCUUAUAAACGAUGUUUGUCAUAUUCUAAGUAUUACGACAAAGUUAAGAUACUAUCCUAAGGAUUAUGUUCGAGAAUGUAUGGCUGAGUCAGUGUCGUUUUUGCUUAGGAAAGCGUCAAUUGAGCAACUAAAGAGAGGUGUUCAGGAACUUAUGGCUGAAGUUGUUGAGGAACCAUCGGAAAUGAGGAAAUCUGGUGUUAGUGUUCUACUAUCUCAUGUUAUGAGAAUCACCUCGUCAAGAUUGCACUCGAAAGCUGAGAUAUUGUUGCCACUUCUGGUUGAUGAAUCUAUCUUCGAUAUCGGUGGCCAAUGGAUUAAAGAUUCAGGACCGGUUCUAGAAGUACUUAUCCUGACCUUUGAGAAACUUCUUGCGGAGCUAGAUCCAGCCGAACUUUCUUUCAUAUGGAAUUGCUUGUCAGAAAAGAUAUUAGAAUCUUUGACAAACAAGAACUCUUUACACCUGACUCAUCUUUUGUCCCUGCUUACUUCUAUUAUGCAAAUGGAUUAUCUUGGGAAAGUCACAGAUUCUGAAUCCUUAGUCAAACUUGUCAACCAGCUCGUGGAAACUUUUAUUGCUCGUUCUCCUACAAUGGAGAACAUAGACCUACACUCUGAAGUUAUUGAAAAAGUUCUGCAACUCAUGCUUUGUGUAAUUGGUUGUCUCUCCGAUUCUAAGAAUAUGCCUGCUUUACAGCUGGUUUCUGUACAGUGGGAGUCAGUGUUCAAUAUAAGAAGUCGAAGCUUACUGACUUUCCUAGGAGAUCUUCUCAUGAAGGAUUCCAGUAUUUAUCAUGUCUUUGGAACAAAUAUAAUGCGUGCGUUCACUAAUUUAAUAGAAAUAUAUGAUGAAGAAGUCAUGUAUUUAAUGAUGAAGUUCUGUGAGAAACUGGAAGAGGAUAGCUCUAGCUUUUGGGAUGGGAAAUCCAAGGAGAAGCUUUCAAGGAUUUUAGUGUUUUUUGAAGAGACUCUUCAUUACUGGAUUGGAGAAAUUAGUAAUUCUGUUGAUGGAAUAUUAUGUCCUGCUCGACAGAAUAAGUUGGCUGUCUUAUGGGCUGUUAUUGGCUGCUAUUCGCAUUUAGCAGAUGUCCAAGAAAACUCAUCUGUACUAAUGGAGUUGAUAAAUGCAAUCGACAAGCUUCUGAUAAUGGAAUCUAAGGCAGACUUACAGCAAGAUACUUGGUAUUGCUUACUUGGGGCUGCGUUGCGUUCUUAUAACAAGUUGGUGUCUAGGAGGGGUAUUACUCAUGAAGAGUCUGCAAUUAUUAAGUUCCUGGAUCUUGCAAAAAGAUAUAAGCUGUCGCCUCGCAUAUUAUCUGCUGUAGCAGAUAUAUUGGAUUCAGUCUCUGGUGCAUCACAUAGGAAUUGUCAAUUUUAUCUUUCAGAGUCUACUCUAGAUAUAUUCUCUGAAAAUCUGAGUCAUCCGAAUAGAGAGAUCCGCCUUUCAACCUUGCGCAUACUGUGCCAUUAUGAACCUGUGGAUUCAGCUGAGAAUCAUCCUAUUGAAAAUCAUUCAGGAAUCGAUGAUGUUGAGACUAGUCUAGUUGAUGGCUGCCAUAACAAUGUUCUCAACCUACUCAGAUCUGUUGAAGAGACCACUCUUUCGAUCGCAACAAGCCGUAAAGUUAUUCUCCUAAUUUCUCAACUACAGACGUAUCUGAGUGAUCAUAGAGUUGCUGAUCAAUACAUCGUUGUCGCGUUAAAUGGAAUUUUUGGCAUACUUCAUAACCGGUUUAGCUGUUUCUGGAGUCCAGCUUUAGAGUGCCUCACUGUCCUCGUUGGCCGAUAUUUUGAGCUUGUGAGGAACAGAUAUCUUAGCUAUCUUGAACAGUGUCAGUGUGAUUUUCUAGCAUCUCAAUGUCAACAUUAUAGAGGUGAUAAUGGCUAUAUGGAGGACACUGGUUUGGUUGGAUGCUUCAGAUCCGACAUCAUUUGUGCAUUUGACAGCACUCCCAGCGCAACAGUCUUGUCCCUCAUGAUUCAGUCUUUACAGAAAGUUCCUUUAAUAGCUGAAUCUCACUCUCAGCAAAUAGUACCUCUGUUUCUUAAAUACCUGGGUUACAGUGUUGAAGCAGUCACUAGUGUUGGAUCAUAUACAACUGAUCAUAAAGGGAAAGAAUGGAAGGGAGUUCUUAAAGAGUGGUUAAGUUUGUUUAGAUUGAUGCCGAAUCCUAGGUCUAUUUAUCAAGGUCGAUUUCUGAGAGAUGUACUUGUGUAUAGGCUUCUCGACCAGAACGACACUGAUAUACAGACAAAAGUUCUUGACUGCUUGCUGAACUGGAAUGAUGUUUUACUUCCAUACAGUGAGAAUCUGAAAAAUCUAAUCAAUGCAAAAAAUCUGCGAGAUGAGCUUGCCAGGUGGAGCGUAUCGAGGAUUGCGGUGGAUUCUGUUGAUGAGCGACAUAGAGCUUAUCUCGUGCCUAUAGUCAUAGGGAUACUCAUGCCAAAAGUUAGAAACCUGAAGAUGCUUGGCACCCAGAAGAAUGCAAGUGUACAUCAUCGAAAGGCAGUUCUGGGAUUUUUAGCUGAGCUUGAUCUUGACGAGCUUCCUCUUUUCUUCUCGCUAUUAGUUAAGCCUCUGCUGCCUGUCUCUCAAGGUGGUGAUGAAAUGAGCGAAACUUGCUGGGCAUCAUCCAAAACUCAUCAAUUUGAGUUUGAUGAACCUGCUAUCCUGAAUCUCUUAACAUCAAAUUCCGUAGAAACCCUAUCGUGGAAGAAGAAAUCUGGUUUCCUGCAUGUUGUUGACGAUAUUUUGGCGGUUUUUGAUGAAGCACGCAUUAAGCCUUUCCUUAAUGUACUGAUUAACGGCGUUGUCCUCAUUUCAUCGAGCUGCACAUCAGCUCUUGGCAAUGAUAAUGACGAAGCUGAGGAUGAGAACCAGGGGAGGAAUCAAAUCUGGGAGAUAAGGUCCUUAAGCCUUAAGGUCAUAUAUAUUGUUCUUAGUAAAUACGAUGAUCAUAAUUUUGGAGAUGCGUUUUGGGAUGUGUUCUUUACAUCAGUAGAACCUUUGGUUGCUAAUUUUAAGAAGGAAUGUCUUCGUAGCAAAAAGCCGCCAAGUACACUGUUCUAUUGUUUUCUUGCAAUGAGUAAAAGCCACAGACUUUUUCCACUGUUAUCUAAGGACGAGAAUCUGGUACCCGAAAUUUUCUCCAUGCUCAGUGAUCCACCAGCUUCAAAAACCAUGUUGUCUUGUAUCUUGAAGUUCACUAAGAACUUGUUGAAGCUUGAUAAAGCCCUGGAUAGUGAAGAUUUCACAGUCAAAAGUGUUUUACUUCCUCAUCUUGAUGAGAUCAUCCGUGGCUUGCAUUGUAUUUUCACCGAAGAAAAUGUGACUAAGAGGCCUUUGCUCGAAUUCCCGGGAAAAAGAGAGAUCACUAUCUUCAACUUGUUGUCAGUGUAUGUGGAGGAACCAUCAGAUGCUGAAUCAUUUGUUAAUAUAUUACUCCUAUUUCUUGCAAAGAAACGCCUUGAUUCUGAUACUUGCGUCCUUCUAUUGAAAAUCAUUGGCCAAGUGGUGACUGUCCUGGGCAGUGAAAUUAGUGAAAAUUUUUUGACUUCACUAUCCUCACUUAUUAUUUCAGCUGAUAUUGAUGUUCGUAUCCAUAUAUGCGAUGUCCUUGACUCUGUUUCCUCCAAUGACUUAUCUUUUUUAACAAUGGCAAACAUUCUUCGUGAUCGAAGUGAAGCCUCUGCAGAGGUGAUGAAUGGUCUUGAGACUCCUGCCCCAUCUCCUUAUAACGAGGUUAAUGCGGAGUUUUAUUAUACUAUUGAGGAAAAACAUGCAAUUCCAAUCCUGAGUCUCGCAGUACAUGAUAUGUCAUCUGAAGAUAACACAUUACGGGGAAAUGCAUACAGAUUACUGAUCCCCUUCGUUGAAUUGUCUGGCUAUAUCCUAAAUGGAUCUCUAGAGCCUAACCAAAUGUGGUCUAGAGCCAGAAUCUGGUUCAUGGUAGACAAUUUUUUGUUGAAACAUAUGGGAAAUGCAAUGAACAAGAGAGGCACUUGUAAAAAGAUAUGGAUUGAGCUCCUUAAGGAAAUGGUGCUGAAGCUUCCCGGACCAAAAUUUGAUUCGUACAGGGUCUUAUGUAGUGAUGAUGUUGAACAAGAUUUCUUCAAUAACAUAGUACACAAACAGAAACACAGGAGAGCAAGAGCACUAGCUCGUUUUAGCAACUUUGUCGGUUCAGGCAAUCUGUCGAAGGUCAUCACCUAUAAAGUGUUUGUCCCACUGCUCUUUAGCAUGCUGUUUGAUGCACGAGAAGCGAGUGAUGAGAAUAUUGUACGUGCAUGUGUUGGUGCCCUGGCAUCAAUUUCUGGCUGCAUGACGUGGAAAAAGUACAGCGCCUUGCUAGACAGAUGUUUCCUGAAUUUGGCACGGAAACCAGAUAGGAAAAAACUUUUUUCACGACUUAUCUGUGCUAUCCUCGAUAAUUUCCAUUUUCAGGAGUCCCAUGAAUCGACACCUGAAAUACAGGAGACAUUGCGCGAAAACAUUUUCCCCAAGGUUCAGAAGUUGUUGGCCUCUGAUGCUGACCGUAUCAACGUUAACGUCUGCCUGCUUGCACUGAAACUUCUAAAAUUGCUCCCCAGUGAUAUCAUGGAUUCUCACCUGUCAACUGUUGUUCACCGUAUUUCAAACUUCCUAAGAAAUCGGCUUGAAAGUGUACGUGAUGAGGCUAGGUCUGCGCUGUCAGCUUGCUUGAAGGAACUAGGAUUGGAGUAUUUGCAGUUCAUUCUCAACGUCUUGAAGGGCAUACUGAAGAGAGGCUAUGAAUUACACGUGCUAGGAUACACGCUCAAUUUCUUGCUGUCUAAGUUCCACACGAGUCCCAUCUGCGGAGAGUUCGAUUACUGCUUGGAUGAUCUCCUUUUUGUUGUACAGAAUGAUAUACUUGGGAGUGUUUCUGAUGAGAAAGAGGUUGAAAAGAUUGCUUCUAAAAUGAAAGAGACUAGAAAGCAUAAAUCUUAUGAAACUCUAAAGUUGAUUGCCCAGAGUGUCACUUUCAAAACUCAUGCUUUGAAACUUCUUUCCCCUGUUACAGUUAAUCUGCACAAGCAGCUCAACCACAAGCUUAAGUCGAAAUUGGAGAACAUGUUAAAACACAUAGCUGCUGGUAUUGAAAGUAAUCCAUCUGUGGAGAAGACUGAACUGUUCAUAUUUGUGAAUUGCCUCAUUAAAGAUGGCCUCAUCGAUGAAGGUAAUGAACACGGAUGUGGUUUCCAACCAGUUGAAAACAAAAGAUUAGUGAAUGUGGACCGGCAAUUUUCUCAUAUGAUAACAGCGUUUGCGCUUGAAGUUCUGCAUAGCUACUUGAAGAAACUGAAGCUUAGCGCAGAGGAUGGACAGCUUUUAUCAUUGAUUGAUCCUUUUGUAAGUUUAUUGGGUCAAUGUUUGAGCUCCAAACAUGAAAACAUUAUAACAGCUGCAUUUAGGUGCUUUACUCUGAUAGUGCGGCUGCCUCUGCCAUCGCUUCAGCAGCAAGCUGACAAGAUAAAGACUUCUUUGUUGGUCAUAGCACAAGGAGCAGUUAAUGUCAACAGUCAGUUGACUGAGUCGUGUAUGAAGUUGCUAACAACGCUUCUGCGAACUGAGAGAGUCACACUUUCUAAUGAUCAGUUGCAUAUGCUGAUCCAGUUUCCAUUGUUUGUUGAUUUUGAAAAAAGACCCUCAUUUGUCGCCCUUUCGCUGUUGAAGGCUAUCAUACACCGAAAGCUGGUAGUUCCCGAGAUAUAUGAUCUUGUCCAGACUGUUGAAAAGAUGAUGGUAGAAAGUCAAGAUGAGCCCAUUCGUAAAAAGUGUAGUCAAAUCUUGCUUCAGUUUUUACUUGGUUACCAACUUUCUCAGAAGCGCUUGCAACAACAUCUUGAUUUCUUACUGAAAAAUUUGUGGUACGAGCAUUCCAGUGGAAGGGAAGCUGUCCUCGAUAUGAUCUACACCAUUAUCGUAAAAUUUCCGCAGCAUGUUGUGGAUGCACAAUCGCAAACACUGUUUCCGCAGUUGGUCCUUUCAUUGGCGAAUAAUGACGACAGAAAUGCUAAGAAGAUGUCUGCUGUUGCAAUAAAGUGUCUCAUUGGGCGUGUUAGCUCGCAUUCUCUUCACUCAAUACUCGAGAAUAGCUUAUCUUGGUACCUUGGAGGAAAUCAGAACCUAUGGGGUGCUGCAGCACAGGUUUUGGGUUUACUAGUGGAAGUUAUUAGAAUGAAUUUUCAAAUACACCUCAGUGAAGUACUUCCAGCAAUGAGAAACAUUCUUCAGUCUGCUGCCAAUGCUCUUGCAUCAACUCAACAAGAUUUAUCAGACGUCUUAGUAGUUCCGUUCUGGAAGGAGGCAUAUUAUUCGUUGGUUAUGUUAGGGAAGAUCCUAACUCAAUUUCCUAGCUUGUUCAUUGACAGGGAGCUCGAGGAUUUUUGGGAAACCAUCUGUGAAUUCCUCUUGCAUCCUCAUUUGUGGUUGCGUAACGUAUCGUGCCAGAUUCUGUCUUCUUACUUCGCUGCAGUGGACAAUCGAGAUAAGAGCAAAUUCAGAGCAGAAGCAUUCUAUCUCAUGAAACCGGGCAUACUCUUCCGAGUAGCUGCUUCAUUAUGCUGUCAGCUGAAGGUGCCAUCGAAUGAUGAUGAAACCGGCAACGUUAUCAAGCAAAACCUCGAGUUCUCAAUUUCCGCACUUCAUUAUUUCUUAAACAACAGUGAAUACACGGAUGUAUCUGGCUUCUGGUCAAGCCUUGACAGUUCCGAGCAAGAACGCUUCCUUAAAGCUUUCCGUAUUCUUGAUCCAAGAAAAGGGAAGAGAACGCUUCAAUCUUUUAUUUCUGAGGCCGGUGGGCAACAUGACAAAAAUCAGCAUCCAUUUAUUUCAUAUUUUCUCCAGAGAAUGGGGAAGCUUACCUUUCAGAUGGAGGCCAAUCAGAUGAAAAUUGUGUUCGAUUUUUACAAAGCAAUUUCACCAAAACUCCUCUGUGAGAAAUCUUCACCUGCAAGCUUUGAUGAUGUCCGUAGUUUUGCGUAUCAGCUGCUGUUGCCGUUGUACAGAGUCUGCGAAGGUUUCACCGGGAAAGUUAUUUCAGAUGAGCUUAAAGAAGAAGCAGAGGAGGUCAGGGAAAGCAUAAAAGGAAUCAUCGGAGAGCAUAGUUUUGUUCAAUUUUACAGCCAAAUAUACAAAAAUACCAAGGCGAAGCGCGACAAAAGGAAACAAGCAGAGAAGGUGAUGGCUGUUGUGAAUCCGAUGCGCAAUGCCAAGAGGAAGCGCAAGAUAGCUGACAAGCAUCAAGCUCACAAGAAAAGGAAACUGAUGAUCAUGAAAAUGGGCAGAUGGAUGCAUUCAGAUUAAUAAUCCUGUGCUUGCUGCUGAACCGUCUCCAACGAGCUCAUUAAACGUGACGCCAGUCACGUCUUCCACGCCAAGUCCACAAGCACUCAUCGAUCGCCCAAAGCGCGACUUGAGAGUUAUCUUUUUGGUUGUCUUCUUGAUUUAGUUGUUAAAUCCUUCUUCAGCUUAUUUGUAAAAGGAGCUACUGUCUAUCUCCUUUUUAGAUUAUGAGACUUACAAUUCCUUUCUAAGUUGGAUUAUGAGACUUAAGACUUCUAUAAAUAUGAGGUUUGU